AGAAGAAGUAACUGUCGACUGUCUGACAGCUGUUUGAGAGGAGCCAGAGUUUGACACUUCUGCCACAAACAAAUCGGCUGAGCGAUGUUUCGACCUCAAAGGAAGAAUCUCAGCCAAAACCAUAAUUCGUCCAGAAUCUGCUCGUAUAUAAGUGCAACGUCCAUGUUUUCGAUCAUAUACGGUUUCUCUCGAGGGAAUUAAAAGAAAAAUAUAAGGCCUCGUAGAUUCGGCGCUGUCACAGGGGCCUCUUUCUGACUUCGGCGGUGGGUCCUCGCUUCUUUCGUAACUAUAAGAAAAAAUGAUGGAUGUCUUGAGCACGAACCAGCAUCCUCAACCUCAUUCAGUUUAUAUGCGGAAACCUUCAAGGUCAAAUUCAUCUUCUGGCUAUGGGUCUCAAGGUGUGGUGAAGAGCUAUUCAACGCAGCCUCACUCCAGACAUAGCCAAGAAUCAUACAGGCCUGUGAAAUGGAGGAACAGAGGAAGGAUUCCUAAUAACAAUCAGUUCGCAAACAAGAAGCUGGAGAGCCCAUUAGCAGAAUUUAAAUGCCAUCCAACCAUUCAUCCUUAUUCUCUGCACCGUCCUUACCAUGGCCAAGGCUGUCUCUGUAUGCCUGUCAGUGCUAAUGGACUGAUUGCGGACACAACAACCAAGAUAGGGUUACGUAAUAUCCUACAGGUCUCUACUAGCAAUCCAGAUCGAUAUUGUCUAACUCGAAAAUGUUGCUAUAUAUUCCACUGCAUGAACCUCAAAACAAAUUUCAAUUACCCAGACAUACCGAAUAAGAUGAUUCUUCAAGAUGAUAGAGUCGUAGUGGCGAUGGAACAGACCGUCUGUGAAGAAAUGGAAGAAAAGGGAUUAGACCCUGAUGAUAAUAAGAAAGCUUUCUCGACACUCCUUGCUCAGCACACGUCCAGAGUACACAGACUAUUAAAAGAGAUGAAAGCAGCGAUAUCUACUACUCUUAUUAGACUGACAGGUUACGUGUUGUUUAAAGUAUUCAGCAACCUUUUGAUGUCUAUCACAAUACACGGUGGGCAGCAAGAGGUGAUAGAACGAGCGAUUAAAAGAGAUACACCUAUGAUCUUUGUCCCUCUUCAUCGGUCUCAUGUAGACUAUCUCUUUGUCACGUGGGUGCUCUUCAACCAACAGAUUCCAGCCCCAAUUGUUGCAGCUGGUGACAACCUCCGUAUUCCUGUUUUUGGUUGGCUGUUACGAGGACUUGGAGGAUUUUUCAUCAAGCGACGCCUAGAAAGUUCUAAGUCACGGAAAGACCUCCUGUAUAGGGCAGUACUACAAACUUACGUGACACAUGCAUUGCAAGCUGGUUACAACUUGGAGUUCUUCAUUGAGGGUGGUCGUACUCGUACCGGAAAACCAUGCAUGCCAAAAGGAGGCUUAUUAAGCGUCAUCGUGGAUGCGUAUAUGAAUGGUACUUUGGAUGAUGCUCUCAUUGUUCCUAUUGCAAUCAAUUACGACAAAUUGUUAGAUGGGAACUUCAUCCGUGAACAAAUGGGACAGAGCAAGGUGCCUGAGUCGUUUUGGGGUGCUGUAAGGGCAAUCAUCAAGGUGCUUUCCACAAAUUAUGGCCAUGCCAGAAUUGACUUUGGCCAGCCGUUCAGUUUACGAGAAUUUGUUCAAAGUAGCAAAGCUGCUCCUCCUCUGUUGACUCCUAACCUUCCUCACAGUCAGUUAAUAUUAGAGUGCACGCCACCUCUCUCCCCAUCUCAGCUAAGUUUAAGUCCACCUUCAUCAAGUGGUGAUAUUCAGGAAGUCCCAUCAUUAACUAACAUUUCAUCAACAGCAGGAAAAGGACAUCACCGAUCACUGUCCAGUCCUGUUGCUAAUAAUCACAAGGUCAUAAGGAAGAGUCUCUCCAAUCCAUCCAAUUCCAUACAUGCUGUUAAUAAACUGAGCAAUAGACUGCAAGGUGCAAGAAGUAAUUCAUCUCUUUUCGGAACUGAAGUUACAGACGAGUACAGAUCCUUAAUCAAGUCAUUAGCUGCUCAUAUAGUGUAUGAUGCUGAACGUUGUCAAGCAAUCAUGUCAACAAACGUAGUUGCCUGGUUGUUGUCAUUUGUCUAUCGUAACGGAGCAACCCUGACGACUCUCACCAAAGCAGUUGAUGGAUUGCGAGAGUCAUUCAGAGCUCGUGAACGCGACACCGGUUUCUCAGGUCUUUCCAAAGAUGUGGUGAAGCAUGCAAUCAAGAUGCUGGGAGCUGGUCUAGUGAGAGUUGAAGCUUGCCCAGUUUCGAGCAGUUUUGACGAAAUUAAAGAAUACUUGGUGAAACCAAUUACCCUCCUGCCAAAUAUCAUUGAACUCAACUACUAUGCUAGUGCUGUAACACCUUUGUUCGCUGUUGAUGCUGUAGUAGCAACGUCACUGAAUUGCUUACUAGAUAGGGAUUUAUGGAGCUACAAAGACUGUUCCCCUGACAUUCUCGUUAAUAGAGAAAAGAUAGUAAAGAAAGCUACAAGACUGUGUGAAAUCCUUCAGAAUGAAUAUCUCUUUGCUCCACCAUGUGCAAGCUUGGAAGCCAAAAUUCACCACUCCAUAGAUAAUCUCGUAGUCAUGGGCCUCUUGGUGGAUGCUGGUAGAGCUGGUAGCCAGUGGUCUAAUGAAUCAGAUGACGACGACAUAACUUUCUCUCAGACAUACAGAGUUGCACCAUCUACAUCCUGUUUAGAAGUAAUCCAGGCAUGGAUUAACAUGUUAGUUCCUAUGAUAGAUGCCUACUACUGCACCGUCUAUAGCCUACGAACUCUCGUGAAUAAGCAAGUCCCAGAUAAGGAAUUCCUGCAAUCUACACAGAGCCAUAUACAAGAUAUGCUUGAAAGAGGACUCGUAACCUACGGUGAAAGCAUUUGCAUUGAUCCUUUACGUAAUGCUGUGAAGCUCCUGGAGACACUGUCAGUGGUAGAGAGUUACAGCCACAGCAACAUUCGCGUCCUUUAUCUCUCACGAGACUAUGACUCCGAAGACCAGCUUGCACCUCUACUCGCUGAAAUGAAUUCGUAUAGAUCUUGAAAAUUUAUUUUUAGCAAAUAAAUUAUUAUAAACUCCACAAAUUAAUUAAAUUAUUAGCUUCAACUGACUUGAAUUUAGUACUGUACAGCUAAUUUUUAUGUUACAGUAAAACUUUAUGCCUCAAAGUUGUAGGUCCUGAAUAUCAGAGAGAAAAGUUGUAGGUCUUGAAUAUCAGAGAGAAAAGUUGUAGGUCUUGAAUAUUCAGUCCACAGAAAGAAGUUUACUUGGCUCACAUCAUCACACUGUUGUUCUGUAAAUUUGAGAAGUAGGAACUAUAAGUGUACUGACUACAUAUUGAUUUUACAGAUAUAUUUGAUUUUGAAAUAUAUGUUGGUUUGAUUACUGAAAUUUGUUUGAUAAAACCUUGAUGCAUCAGUGAUUAUCCCCAAUUUUAUCAUUUUUAAAUCCAAAAUAGUACAUAAUUGUUGGUUAAAGUAUUGUGAAGUAUUAGAUUUACUAACAGUGUGCUUUCUAUACUAUGUAUUUAGAUAUAUGGCCAGCCUAAAAAGAUUAAAUCCCUUUUUUAUGGUUCAAAGGUACUAAUUUGUCUUGAUUUGUUGCAAAGUUGAACACCCUCACAGGUCACCCUUUUGUUGACAAGAAUUUUUCAUGGUAAUUUUGUGUGUCAAGUACACUAAUGUUUAAAUGCUGUGGAAAAUAUAUCACAUAAUGAAGCGUAUUUUACAAACUUCAAAUAAGGAUUGUUUUUUUUAUAUGCAAAUAGUCAAAACAGAUAUUUACAUAGUCAUUUCCAUUUUUUCUUAUUAAUAACUGUCAUGGCAUGUUUAGGGCUGCUCCAGUGGGUAUCAGCUGUUCUGAUGAGUUCCUUGGUAAAACGUGUAUAAAGUUAACCUUACAUGGAUUUCAUCUCAAUUUCUUUAUAAGUAAAUCUGUAUUGUGAUACACUGGGUCCUCAUAGAAGGUUCAGAGAUUUCCAUGGAACUGAAGCAGCCUUGGAAAUAGGGACAAUCAGAAAUGGGAUAUAUAUUUAUUUUCUGUGAAGGAGAAACUAAGCAUCGCUGUUGUAGGGUCAUGGACUGUACAACAAAUAAAAUAGUAUGAUAAACCAA